AUGCCACCAAAAAUCAACGAGAUAGUAUAUAAUAAAUCAAUGUUCUACAAGGUUGUCUUUGCCGUCGUUGUCUCUUUCGCCUUGACUUCAGCUCUUCCAAUUCCAGGAGAUAUCGGAGGAAGUCUUCUAAGUCCCCUUGGAGAGAUUAUCAAACAAAUCACUGACCUAUUGGAUUCUCUCAAGACUCAACUUCCUGUUCCACUUCCAGAACUUCCAGAAGUUCCAGUCCCAAGUGUUCCAGAGAUUCCAAUUGAACUUCCAACUCUUCCAGAAGUUCCAACUCUUCCAGAGAUUCCAUCUGCCUAA